AUGGCGACGUACGAGACAUUCCAGGCCCUACACAAAACGUUGCCUUCGUUCUCGCCCUAUGUGGCUGCUCCAUUUCUCCCAUACAUUGCCCUUGCCUUCUUAUCGUCAACGUUUGCACUCGCAUUCUAUUUUUCGACAUUACCAAAAGAUACCCUCCCAGUACGCGAAACUAUUGUCGCACUCAUAGCCAGCACUCUCGGUGGAUUUGGUGUCGUAGCGUUAUUUUGCGCCAUCGGAGUAUGCGUUUGA